AUGGCUACUCCGGAGCAAAUCGUAGCUCAAAUACAAAACUCGAAGGGACUUACAGCGUCCCCGGCUUGGAUCAACUCUUUCCUUGCUUCAUCAACAGCUCAGCGCAAUACCCCUGCUCUCAUACAGACAGCUAUAUUCCGCAUACUAGCGUCAGACUUCCGUGAGAGCUUAUCGACAACACCAACUUCACGGUUUCCAGUCGAUGUCUACGACACGAACCUCCAAGAAAGGUGCCUGCAAGUCUCAAUUCCAGUGCAAGUGCUUGACAUUGAAGACAUCGGCUCUAGUCUCUGGAGCCAAGUCGAAGCAAUAGAGCGCAUCGAGCGCGGCGAAGCUAUUCGCGGCCGUGAGAUCAUCCGCACUAUCACUGUAGGCGAGGACGCAGAUGCUGCAGCGCACAAUGCUCCUGUGAGCACCGGAUCUGGUCCUCAUCGGCUCAUUCUCCAAGAUGCGUGUGGAGUGAAGGCGGUUGCGAUUGAGAUGGAACGUGUUGAGGGGCUUUCGUUGGAUAAACUGUCUAUCGGCUCGAAAAUAAUGUUGAAAAACGUAACUGUUGCACGUGGUAUAAUUUUAUUAAACCCAAGUUGCGUUACUGUGCUCGGAGGCAAGAUUGAUGCGCUGGAUCGGCCGUGGAAAGAGGAGAGAAAGAGGAAGUUAUUAGAAAAUAUCGCUGCUUUGGAGGCAGAUAUCCCUUAA